UCAAUUCAAUUGUUAAUCGACCGUCGUCAAGAGCAGUAAUCGUUCAGUCAGCGAGAAAGUUCGAAACAUCUGAAAAGUGAAAAGUGUGCGAAAAAGCAAAAUCUUUGCUAAAUAAAUUUGCUGUGUAAUUUUUUUUUAAAAACACAAAUACUAAAUAAAAAUGAGUACCAAGUCGUAUUUUGAGGAUGCACGCGACGAAAGCCAAGGUGGUAAACUGUCCAGAAAAAUAAAGGAUUCACCCUUCAUGAUUAUUGGUUUGGCUGGUUUCGUCGCUGCUGGCGUUAUUGGCGCUUACAAAUAUAAGAACCGUGGCACAAUGAGCACAAGUGUUUUCUUAAUGCAACUGCGUGUUGCGGCGCAGGGAACCGUUGUCGGCGCGCUGACGCUGGGUCUCGGCUAUAGCAUGGCCAAUGAAUAUUUAUUCAACAAAACACCCAAAGAAAAUGCGAAACAGUCCCAAUAAAAAUAAUACAUCUACUUGUACGUAUACAUACACGUUAACAAGCUAAAUGUGUGCAUCAAAGUUUUGCUACAAAUUCUUACCAAACUGAAAUCCUCGUUAAGAGCUGCAACUCAUACUUAUAACUAUUACAUAACAUAACAUACAUAUUUUCAUACAUAAUGUUUAGCAUAAUAAUACGAUAUAUGAUAAAUACUACAGUUUAAGGAUAAAAAAAGUUGGUUAUGAUGAAAUCACUUGACUUAUAAUGACGGCAUUCUAUUGCCUGUGAUAUGCAAACUAAUGGUUAUAAAUGUUUUAUGAACAGAGACGCUAAAUAGCUAAUAUUGUAGUUUUGUAAUGUUGAAAUGAACUAUUUAUAAACAAACAAGCAAAAACAAGAUACACAAAUUUUACGUUAAACGUUAUAAACAAACGCUUAUUUUUAUGUAUGAUUAUUUAAGUUAAAUUUAAACAAAAAAUAAAAAUAAUAAAAAAUAAAUGAGAAAAUAAUUGAUAAA